GAAGUGCCUUGCUCAGUGGCCGCUCUCUGGCCAUGCCCGUCGAAGCCGGGCCCGCGCGCCUGGCGCGCUCCGCCCAGAAAGACGAAGUUUAUCGAGGGGCGCUGAGGAGCGGGGCCGGGGCUGCCCUGGCGGGGCUGGCUGGUGCUAAAACAUGGUUGGAGUGGCAGAAGGAAAUUGAGUUGCUUGCUGAUGUAGCCUAUUUCACCCUGACUACGCUUUCAGGUUACCAAACUCUUGGUGAAGAAUAUGUCAACAUUAUUCAAGUAGACCCAUCUGGGAAAAGAAUUCCUUCUUUAUUUCGACGGGCUGCCCUGAUCUGUUUGCACACUUUUGUGCCUUACUGGUUAGAGAAGGGUUUCGUCCACUUGGAACAUGAACUUCAGACAGAACCUGAUGGGGCACUGCCUCUGCAAAGACCCUCCACCUCCAGAUUGAGAGGCAGGACUUUCGUGCGGAACUGGUUACGGAACCAGCUUGGUGGGUUGACCGAGCAGCAGAGAAAACUGCUUUCCCAGGUUAUCUACUUCCUUCGGCACAGCAUUCCUCUUCUCCGUCGGCUGCAUCUGGCCAUCUUCUACAUGAAAGGCGUCUUCUACCACAUAUCUAAAAGGAUGGCAGGAGUCACGUAUCUGCGCUUUACAGGAUUGGCAGGAGAUGAUCAGAACAUUCGAUCGAGUUACAGACUACUUGGCAUCGUUUCUCUUCUGCAUCUGGCGCUGACGGUCGGUUUCCAAGCCUACAGCUUCCAACAAAGACAGAGGGCGAGACAAGAAUGGAAACUUUACCGUACCUUUUCCUGUCAGAAAAUCCAGCCUGAAGAGAAAUGCCUGACUCGCAGCUCCCGUUGCACGCUGUGCUUAGAAGAGCGGCGACACGCCACAGCCACGCCAUGCGGCCACCUCUUCUGCUGGGAAUGCAUCACAGAGUGGUGUAAUACCAAGGCAGAGUGCCCGCUGUGCAGAGAGAAAUUCCCGCCCCAGAAGCUGAUUUAUCUGUGCCACUAUCGAUAACGGCCAGCUGGCAGUCAGAUCGUGAAGCAGAGGAGCCAACAAAAAUACUACAGCUUUUUAUUUCUUUUGACUAAGUGCAAGACUUUAUUUUUUAAUAUUAAAAUUGUGAAAACUAAGCUGCCAAACGCGUGAGUUUCAGUGCCUGUACAAGGUGAUGCAAACCUCUCAGUUACAAAUCAAAGUUGGAGGAGAGCUGCUGUUGCGUUUUAACCCCAGCUCCCAUCUUCUCGACUCACCAGCUCCAUUCCGUCUUCCUGUGCUGCAGCUUGAACUCUGCUAUGCGUAACAUUUUAGCACCUUUUAAAGACGACUUCACUUUCUAGCUCAAAUACCCUUAUUAACAGUCAUGCAAUCGCAAAAUACAGCAAUUUAAGGCUUAGGGGAAGGGGUGUGUGUUUUUAAACUAACCCUGUAGUUCUGACUCAGCAGAAUUGUCCCCCGUCCUCCGCCUUGGUAUUUUCAUACCAUAAAUGCUUUUAAUAUUUCAGAGAUUCAGAUUUGGAUAAUCUUGAGCUGCAUAAAGAAUGCAACGUCUCUGUUUUAC